AUGGAAGAACGAGAGUCGGUUCACGAUUUCUCUUCACAAGUUUCGAAGAUUGUAAACCAAAUCAAAAGUUGCGGAAAUACAAUUAAAGACAAAAGAAUUGUUGAGAAAGUGCUUCGAUCUCUCCCUUCAAAAUUCGAUCAUGUAGCCGCCACAAUUGAAGAAUCAAAGGAUUUGUCUAAAAUGACCAUCGGUGCUAGAAAUCACAUGACUAGAAAUAAAGAUAUCUUUGUAGAGAUCAAUCCAAAUAUCACCUCAAAAAUUAUUCUUGGAGAUGGAACACAAAGAAGCGCAGAAAGAAAUGGCAUCAUUGCAGUCCAGACUAAGGGAAGUAACAGAAAACUCAUUACUGAUAUUCUUUAUGUGCCAAAUCUUUCAUAUAAUCUCUUAAAUAUUGGACAACUCUUGCAAGAGAAUUUUUCGGUGCACUUUGAUGAUGAAAGAUGCAAGAUCUUUAAUAAAAAGAAAAAUGUUAUAGUGGCGAAUCUGACAGUUAGCAGAACUCCACAACAAAAUGGAGUAGCUGAAAGAAAGAAUCGUACCAUUGUCGAAAUGGCAAGAAGCAUGCUAAAAGUUAAAGGAGUUCCAAAUCUUUAUUGGGCAGAAGCUGUAAAUAUGACAAUAUAUAUUCUCAAUCGGUCUCCUACAAAAGUUGCUAAAAAUAAAACUCCGUUCGAGAUGUGGCACAAAAAGAAGCCAAAGGUAGAUCACUUAAAAAAUUUCGGUAGCAUUUCCUAUGCCUUCGUUCCAUCACAAGACAGAGAAAAGUUUGAUGAGAAAGGACAAAAACUUCUAUUCAUUGGAUAUGGAGAUGAGUCUAAAGGAUAUCGAAAGCAAAUCAUAGAUCCUAGACCCUAUCAAUUUGAUGAUCCAUCGACGUCUCAAAUUUUCAAUACUGAACAACAUACAACUCCAAAUAUUCCAACAAUUGAAGAAGAAUUAGAAACCCCUCCAAGAAAAACACGUUCACUAGGAGAAAUAUAUGAAUCACAGGAACUCGAAUUAUUCUCUUGUGAACCUCAAUCAUAUGAAGAAGCUUCAAAAAACAAAAGUUGGACAAAGCAAUGA